AAGUGCCGGGAAUGCGGCCGGGAAUACCCGGGCGAACCCCUGAACGUUUGCGACUUCUGCUUUGGCCCGUUGGAGGUCAUUUACGACUAUGUGACCAUCUCCGAGGUGGUUACUCACAAGCGCAUCACCGACGGCCCGAUAAGCAUCUGGCGGUACCAGGACCUUUUGCCAGCGUCGGCAGACGACCCCGUGGACAUCAUGGCGGGUUACACGCCGUUGCUCAAGGCCAGGAACCUGGGCAAGAAGCUGGGCCUCAACAACCUGUACAUCAAGAACGACAGCGUGAACCCGUCGUUCUCGUUCAAGGACCGGGUGGUGUCGGUAGCCGCGACGAAGGCGGUUGAAUUCGGCUACGAUACACUGGCUUGCGCCAGCACCGGGAACCUGGCAUGCAGCGUUGCCGCUCACGCGGCGCGAGCCGGGAUCGACGCGGUGGUUUUCAUUCCCGCCGACCUGGAGCGCGGCAAGGUCAUCGGCGCCGCAGUCUACAAUCCGACGCUGGUGGCGGUUGAAGGAACUUACGACGAAGUUAACCGCCUGUGCAGCGAGGUGAGCGACAACUACCCGUGGGCGUUCGUAAACAUCAACAUGCGGCCCUACUACGCGGAAGGGAGCAAGACCCUCGGGUACGAAGUGGCUGAGCAGUUGGGCUGGAGAGUGCCGGACCACGUGGUGGUGCCGUCGGCUUCCGGGGCAAUGUUCACAAAGAUCUGGAAAGGGUUCAACGAGCUGGCUUGCCUGGGGCUGCUCGACGUUACCACGCGGAUGCACAUGGCCCAGGCCGCCGGUUGCUGCCCGAUCGUCACCGCAUGGGAAAACCAACAGAAUCAAAUACGUCCCGUGCGGCCGGACAGCAUCGCGAAGUCGUUAGCCAUCGGCAAUCCGGCGGACGGGAAUUUAUAG